UAUCAACACGACGAUCUCCUCACACUAACGGUUGUACUCGUACCGUAUUACGUUUGAAAACGAAAUUGCAUGUACGGUGUAGCCGUAUGGUACUGUAGUGCUCUGUUAUUGCUGCCAAUAAUGCCAACCAAUCCGGUGUCAUUCAUGAAGUGGAUAGUCAGGUAAACUUAUGGAAUGAUGGCCAGUUGAAAUACUACGAAACUCGUACCACUCCGGUCUGAUUAGUCGGUCUGAAAAAUUGUGAUAGUUAACUUCGGCUUACCACCGGUACUUAGAAGACAAUCAGUCACGACGGCACAUGCAGAUUAAUUGAAUCCAACAACCUGAAAAACGGAACACACUAGCCGGAUCCUGGAAAUAGCAACCACCACCGGACAGCGGACUACAGUAAUUCGAACGAAUCUGCGGGUGGUACACCAAGUUAUUCGGUUAUAUUCGGAAAUGUUUUUCAUGUCAAAUAUAUUUUUCGAUGAUACGCAAGACGAAAACGAAUUUCGAAAAAUUCGUUGGUAUAGGCGACAUUUGAGGGAUCGGUCUAACCCGCUCGACCUACCGGAGGAACACUUUUUACAGCGCUAUCGCGUGAGCAAAGAUGUUUUCGCAUAUUUACUACGUGAACUUAAAUUCGAAGCUGGAUACAAGUGCACGUUCAUUCCACCUAUUCUCCAACUUGCUAUUACACUGCAGCUCUUAGGUGGAGGUGCGUACCAAUUCACUUGCCGUCGCUGGAUACAAUUCAAAUUUAGUGGUAGAACGCAGGAAUAUUUUAUGGCAAACUACAACAUUCCUGGUGUGAUUGGAUGUAUAGAUGGAACACACAUCACGUUUCUGCGUCCUCCACAAGACGAGUACAUGUUCUUUAAUAGGAAAGGCAAACACAGCAUUAAUGCAAUGGUUAUAUGCAACGAGAAAUACGAAAUCCUAGCAAUAAAUGCUAAGUAUGGUGGCUGUGCACACGAUAGUUUUGUAUGGCACCAGAGCAGAGAACAUGAUCUGUUGGAAACACAAUACGAUAGCGGCAGAAGAAACUUUUGGUUGCUAGGGGACAGUGGAUAUAAAUUGGAACCGUACGUAAUAACUCCGUAUAGGAUAUCACCUGACAAUUCGCCGGAAGCGAAAUUUAAUGAGAUACACUCAAAGGCUCGCAGUGUUGUGGAACGGUGCAUCGGUGUUUGGAAAACACGUUGGCGUAUUAUACUAGAAGAGAGAAAAUGUCGUUACUUACCUUCAAAAGUGGCUAGAUUGAUAUACGUAACGGCAGCAUUGCACAAUAUAUGCUGCCAUUUUAAGGUUCCUUUAAACGAAAGAAUUUCUGUUGAUACAGAUGGUAUAGAUGAGACUAUAAGAUUCAGUAACGAAACAUCCACUGCUACCACGAAUCGAGAUAGGAUUAGAGAUGCAUUAUAAAUGUGAUUAAUAUUAGGGAAAAAAGAGGCGAAAUAAAUACUCUAUAAAUAAUAAUAGUGUUUUGAAAAUUUGAAUUUAUUGAGACCAUUUUCGGUACAUUCAUACAUACACACAAAUUCAGCCCACGUACACAAUCACAUCACGUUUUUUCAA